AAUUUGGUUCAUAUUCUCGAUCAGGUUGUGUCAUAAAAACUAUGUUUCUAGAAUAAGGAUAAGAUUUAAAAUGGCAUCUGAAUUUUGGUUGAUAUCUGCUCCAGGUGAUAAAACACCACAACAAACAUUUGAGGCAUUGAAGUUAAAAACCGAAAAUCAAGGACUUUCUUUGAAUUACAAGCUAAAUCUUCCGGAACUUAAAGUUGGAACACUAGAUACAUUAGUUGGAUUGUCGGAUGAUCUGGGAAAAUUAGAUGUUCAUGUUGAAAGUAUAACAAAAAAAUUAGCCAGCUACUUUGCAGAGGUGCUUGAAGAAAAGCAAGACAAGGUCCUUGAAAAUUUGCAAAUCAAUGGAAUGGAUCCUGCUACCUACUUAACAAAGUUUAAUUGGGAUUCUGCAAAAUAUCCUACAAAACAGGCACUUCGUAGCAUUUCAGAAAUUAUUAGUAAGCAAAUCACCCAAAUUGAUUCGGAUUUGAAAACAAAAGCUUCUGCUUAUAAUGCUAUAAAAGCUAGUUUGCAAAAUUUAGAAAGGAAAUCAACUGGAAGUUUGCUUGUUCGUAAUUUAUCAUCUGUUGUGGAAAAAGAACAUUUUAUAUUAAACUCAGAGUAUCUUCAGACAUUGCUUGUUGUAGUACCUAAGAGUUCUACAGCAGAAUGGGAGACAGUGUAUGAAAAAAUAACAGAUAUGAUUGUACCCAAGUCUUCAAUGUUGUUGACCAGCGACAGUGACUAUAGCUUGUAUACAGUAACCUUAUUUAAAAAAGUUAUAGAUGAGUUCAAACAUCAUGCAAGAGAGAGAAAAUUUAUAGUUCGUGAUUUUGUUUGGGAUGAUGCUGAGAUAGCAGCUAGUAAAGAAGAAAUUACAAAGAUGGCUGAAGAUAAAAAAAAAAACUUUGGUCCAUUAGUAAGAUGGCUGAAAGUGAACUUUGCUGAAAUAUUUAUUGCUUGGUCACAUGUGAAGGCUUUGCGAGUGUUUGUUGAAUCAGUUUUGCGAUUUGGACUUCCAGUUAAUUUCCAAGCUAUGCUACUCCAGCCUGUUAAAGGAAAAAAUCGUCGAUUGCGAGACGUACUUGACGCACAAUACGCUCAUUUAGAUGGUCAACAAUCAAAUGUUAAAGGAGAAACUGUUGAUAUACCCGGUUUAAUGAGCCAUGGCGAAUAUUAUUCUUAUGUUUACUUCCAAAUGAAGCUUAAUCUUCUAGAACGCUAAAAAUUAAUAUGAAGAUAUUAGAAAUUGUAUUUUAUAAAUUUUAUAUGAAUUCAUUUUUAGUUUUUUAGUUAAA